AUGAGCUCUUCCAUUGCAACAACAGACCGUGCUAUUUCACCAGGCUCGCUGGUUCUUGUCACUGGUGCGAAUGGAUUCAUUGCAAGCCACAUCUGCAAACAACUACUCGAGAACGGUCCGGGCACAGUCCGCGACAUCAAUCGAACUUCAUGGCCAGUCCCCUUCUUUAACUCCCGAUAUGGAGAAGGCUCAAUUGAACUGAUCUCUGUGCCGGACAUGGCUGCCGACAGCGCCUUUGACAAUGCUGUAAAAGGAUGCGCAGGGGUAAUCCACACCGCAACUCCCGUGAUGCAAAUACAAGACCCCAACGUCGCAAUCCCUACAGUCAUCAACGGGACCGUCAAUGCACUAAGAGCCGCUGCCAGAGAGCCCAGUGUAAAGCGCGUAGUUCUCACAUCCUCCUCCACCGCAGCUGCAAGCCCGCAACCAAACAAAAUCUUCACCAUCGACCCCUCCACUUGGAAUGGGGAAGCGGUUAAAGCUGCCUGGGCGCCUCCACCCUACCUAGGCGUCCAACGAAAACUAGACGUCUAUUACGCCUCGAAAACUCAAGGCGAGCAAGCUGCGUGGAAAUUCAUGGAGGACGAGAAUCCAGACUUCGUGCUCAACUGCAUUCUUCCGAAUAUGAAUAUCGGCGAGAUUUUGUCCAUCGAGCACCAAGGCUACCCGAGCACUAUGUCCUGGAUCAAAGCGCUUUGGGGAGGCUUUAACGGUGAGGGCGAGAAGGACUUGGAAGAUAACCCACCGCAAUACUAUGUCAAUGUUGAUGAUAAUGCGGUGGUGCAUGUUGCAGCCCUAGUUUUUGGGGAUGUGAAGAGAGAGAGGUUGUUUACGUUUGCGGAACCCUAUAGUUGGAAUGAUCUACUGGCAAUUUUUAGGAGGCUCUAUCCGGAGAGGGAGUUUAUGGAUGAUAUUGAAGGCCUGGGUGUGGAUAAGAGUGUUGUAGCGAAUGAAAGGGCACAAGAAUUGUUGAAGAGAUUGAAGGGGAGUGGGUGGGAUUCUUUGGAAAUAGUGUGA